AUGGCGACAAUAACUGAACCGGUUCUUGAAUGGACUCCCCCAACAGUUUCGCUGGGUAAAGUGCCUUUAGUCACCCCAGCUCGAAGCGGAGGACAAGAUAUCAAGGGUGACUUUCCGUUGGAUCAGAUUGUAGUUGACAAUUUCCCCCCAGGUACCCAAGUCCAUUCCUCUGACCGAUAUGGAGCUUCGGCCUGGACGGUUACUGCAAGAAUUGUAACUACCCUCCCAAACGGGGAUCCAAAGCUCUAUUUUCUGAAGUGUGCCGAAGAAGAUCAAGGGAAGGCCAUGUUAGAGGGAGAAUUCAACUCUAUGGUUGAAUUGUACAAAACAAGCCCCAACUUUGUCCCAGAGCCUUACGCAUGGGGUAAACUUAGUGUCUCUCAACCUGCGACGUAUUACUUCUUGUGCGACUUCAUCGAGAUGGGCAACAUGAAUCCAGAUCCCGUUCAGCUCGCCACCAAGCUCGUGAAGUUGCAUAAGGCAAGCAUAUCUCCCACUGGCAUGUUUGGCUUUCACAUCGAUACGUGCCAGGGCAGUCUCCCUCAGCGGACUGCGUGGAACCCAAGCUGGGUCGACUUCUAUAUCCAGCUAGUCCGGGGAGCGAUGGCACUCAACACAGAAAAGAAUGGCAACUGGAAGAAUCUGGAGCAGCUUGUUGAUCGACUCAUUACACAUGUAGUCCCUCAAGUGCUAGGACCUUUGGAAGCCGAUGGCCGGGUCGUAAAGCCAACUUUGAUCCACGGCGACCUGUGGGAUGGAAAUAUCGGAACCAGCCUUGAAAACGGGGAGCUUUACAUCUUUGAUGCGAGUGUUUACUAUGCGCAUAACGAGAUGGAAAUCGCUAUGUGGCGUGCAAGAUUCUGCAAAAUCCUGGGCGCGAAGGUUUACCUCAAUUCCUAUCUCAACCGAAUGGGCAUCAGUGAGCCCGUCGAGCAAUUUGAGGACCGCAACCGGAUCUAUAGUUUCUACAUGACACUGCACGAAUCAGCUUGCCAUAAUGGUUCUAGCUUCAGAGAAGAGUAA